AUGGAAAGCAUGGCCGAGUUCGACGACAUCGAAUACGAGGGCAUCGGCAAGGACCGGCACGUCGCCGUCGGCAGCGACCGCUGCUUUCGCGACCGCUCGCCGGGUGACACGGUCGUGAGCCUGGGCGACGAUGGGCGGGCGCUAUACCUCCGUGCCAUCCCCUCGUACCGCGAGAGUGCCGAGCAACAGCAACGGAAGGCCGCCUCUUUGAGUUCACCCUCGCAGUCGUGGGGUCCGUUCAGGGACGCCGAGUCCUUUGCGAGUACAGCGACGCUGAGCACUGGUGCGCUUGCCGCAAUGGGGUCGAGACCGGCGUCGGCGGGGAGUGCUUCGUCUCCGAUAUGGAGGUUCCGCCGUGACGUGCAGGCGCACGAGCAGCUCGCGGUUGGGGCGACGCCGCAUCACGUGCCAGCCUUAGACUCAGAGCGCAAAUCAAAGUCCCAUGACCGGCAACCCGCUACUCCUGGGGGUCUUCCUACCAGCAAAGAUGAGGCUUCAGUCUCACUCCCAUCGGCAUCGUCUUCUCGCUGCUUGUCUGUAGACUCUUCCGGAUGCAACGGGACCCCAGCCGCGGAGCUGAGUGAUAUUCACGGGCUAAUCAACCCGUCGGCGUGGCAGGCGGCCCUCGGAGACGAGCAGCGUGAACAUAUGCGCAAGGUGACGGCCCUGAAGCGGCGGAUCCAGCCUGAGGAUAACCCCCGCAAGUUAAAGUCGGUGAGGCUCCGGAAGAGGGAUCGUACGCAGGUGAAGAAUGACCAGGGGCCAAGUAGCUAG